UCAAUUCCUGCUCAUUUGUCCAAUAACUUCGCGUAUGAAAUCAUGUCAGACGAUGAGGGAGUUCAGCAGUUCCUAGAAAUACGCGAGACAAUGCGCAAAAUCGCCCUCUACAUGGGUCUCUGGCCAUUCGAGAAUCCUGGAUUCCUCUAUCGCAUGAUACCUUAUUGUCUCGUCAGUCUUUUCGUCUACGCCAUACUGAUCAUAUCGAAUUCCAUCGCUCAUCACAUCAGCGAUGCCAGACUGGUGACAGUGUGCUUUGGUAUCAUUACCAUUAACAUUCUGUGUAUUCUCAAGGUAUUACGCAUAUCCAGAUUUGGAAAGGAAUUGCUGUGGUUCAACAGAACAGUAACUGAGCUGUGCAAUGAGUUCCUGAGUGAUGGGGAGCUGAAGAAAUUUGUACUUGACGACGUGAAAAUAUUCCGUUCUUUUUUUCGAGUUCAUGCGAGCUUGUGCGCUUUCAGUGGUACUGUACCGAUAAUUACAUCACUGGUGUCAGUUGUUUAUCAAAUGAGACACGAUCUUCAUCCCAUCAAGUACAGUUUACUACUCCCAGGAACGUAUCCCUGGAAUGUAUCAGUCAAUCAAUUAGUUCAUGGUCUUCAUUUUGGAUUCGAAGCGUACAGUCUCAUGUGGAAUUUCUACGUGGGAGCUCUCGUUGAUGUACUAUUUUCAUUCACUAUUCUCCAGAUGACCAUCCCCCUGCGUGGAAUGUCUCAUGCUCUUCUCAAUCUUCGAGACGAUGGCGAUUACGGAUAUGUGCUGCACAAGUGUCUCAUUCAGUACAGAAUUCUCAUAAAAUGUCGCUGCAUCAUUCAGAAAACUUAUGGGCCCAUUAUCGUUUUCAUAGCUGUCACUGGCCCAGUCGCACUCUGUUCGCUAGCUUGGCAAGUGACGCAGAUGGAUUCGAUGACAACCCUGCAAAAAAUGAGAUUCGCAGCUCAUGGAAUCGCUAAAACUCUUCAAGUUUGGUCGUACAGCUGGUCAGCGACGAAUCUCAGAGGACAGAGUGAAACAUUCCUGGACAAUGUUUACUGCUCACAAUGGCUUGGGGACCGACGGUUUAUGAAUACCGUUUUGACAGUUCUCAUGCAGAGGCCGUUGAUAAUCCAAGCCGGGCACAUGCCAGAUGUCUCCCUCAAUAUGUUCGUAUUCGUCAUGAAGACGACGUCAUCGUAUUACCUAUUGCUGCAGACACUCGACUAGCAUCAGAUAUCAAGUUAGAAAAUAAUAUUGAAUGUUGCCACAUCAUAACGGUAAAGGGUAAUUAACGAUUGCGAUAAAAAUGUAAUUGAAAGUUUCACCUUUGUUGAAGACCACGUGACAAGUACCUCAUCUCCA